AUGAAGGUGGACCAGGGUAUCAACCUCGCCGAGACGGCAGCCGCGACGGCACCUGAUUCCAACUCGGUGUUCGAAACCAAGGAGCCGAGCAUCACUGUCCCCUACGAGGGGGAGAAGGAUCAAGAUGGUGUGCGCCAGGCCGACGCGAUGACUCAGACGUGGUCAAAGGGCUCGCUCCGGACCAUCUUCGUCUUCUUCUGGCUCACCUAUGCCGUCAAUGCGUUCCAGUCGUCCAUCACCGGCAAUCUGUCGGCUUACAUCACCUCGGGCUUUGCAGAGCACUCGCUCAUUCCCGUCAUCUCCGUCGUCUCCAACAUCAUGAGCGCCGUGGCGUACAUGGUUCUGGCUAAAGUGCUCAACCUCUGGGACCGUAGCUACGGCUACCUCGCCAUGUCCUUCCUGGCCACUCUCGGUCUCAUCCUCAGCGCUGCUUGCACCAACAUUUACACUUACUGUGCCGCCCAGGUCUUCUAUGCCGUCGGCUUCAUCGGUAUCAUCUUUGCGGUCGACGUUCUCACUGCCGACACGUCGCAGCUCAAGAACCGUGGCCUGGCAUACGCCUUCACCGCCUCGCCAUACAUCAUCACCGCGUACGGUGGCCCCCCUCUCUCGGAGAAGUUCUACGACACCAACUGGCGCUGGGGCUAUGGUGCUUUUGCCAUCAUCCUGCCGUUUGUGUCCCUGCCUAUGUUCUUCUUCCUUCAGCACCAGAAGCGCCGUGCUGAGAAGCUCGGGGUUGGAAUCAAGCCCAAGUCUGGCAGGACGUUCAUGCAGUCCACUGUCCACUACCUGGUCGAGUUUGAUGUCCUCGGCGUGUUCCUCGUCUCGGCUGGUCUGUCCCUCUUCUUGCUUCCCUUCUCCCUGGCCGCGUCUGCUGCCGACGAGUGGCGCUCCGCCCACAUCAUUGCCAUGCUCGUCGUUGGCGUGGUGUGCUUGAUCGCCUUUGUCAUUGUCGAGGGCUACGUCGCCAAGACCCCCUUCGUCCCCUUCCACCUCCUCACCGACCGCACCGUCAUUGGCGCGUGCCUCCUCGACUUUACCUGGCAGAUCGCCUACUACUGCUGGGCGAGCUACUUUACGUCGUACCUCCAGGUCGUGUACCACCUCUCCAUCUCUACGUCGGGCUACAUUACCUCGAUCUAUGACAUUCUCGCGUCCCUCCUGAUGUUCCCCGUGGGCUACCUCAUCCGCCGCACCGGCUACUUCAAGUGGGUCGUCAUCAUCGGUGUGCCACUGUACACCCUUGGUGCGGGUCUCAUGAUCUACUUCCGCAAGCCUGGCCACUCGAUCGGCUGGAUCGUCUUCACCCAGGUCCUCAUCGCCAUCGGUGGCUCGUGCUUUACCCUCGUGGAGCAGGUGGCCGUUCUCGCUGCGGGCUCGCACAACGACGCCGCGGCCAUGCUCGCCCUCCUCGGCAUGUUUGGCUACUUUGGCGGCGCGGUCGGCAACUCGGUCUCGGGCGCCAUCUGGACCAACACGCUCCCAGAGUACCUCCAAAAGUACCUCCCCGAGGACACCGUCGCCGACUGGGAGACCAUCUACGACUCGCUCGACGUCCAGCUCAGCUACCCCGUCGGCGACCCCACGCGCACUGCCAUCGAGCUGGCGUACGCCGAGGCCCAGAGCCGCAUGCUCAUCGCCGGCACGGCCAUCAUGGCGCUGGCGUUCAUCUCUGUGGUUCUCAUCAAGAACAUCAAGGUGUCCGAGAUCGAGCAGGUCAGGGGUGUGCUCUUCUGA